GAGCUCGUCCCAAAACAGCCGGACGUCGGUGCUUCGGUAAAGAUUCAGUGGAGGCAGCUGGAUGCGCAAAGAGAAUCACAACCUCUCCAAGCCUUCCCGUGCGCAACAGAAAAUACUGGACAUUAACGAAGUUCAGCAACAUUCUUCUGCUCUCCGAAGCGGAUAACAAUGACCCGGAGCCCAGUGGCGAGGCUUCUGGUGCUGUUGAGCAUCGGGGGAUCUAUCCACUGUAUGCCACAAACCGCGGGGAAAAGCAAAAGACAUUCGCAGGAUCAAAUUCAGUUGGACCCGGUGUUUGAUGAAGCCAUAAGUUUAGCAGUGCAUCAAACUGGCUGCACCGAGAACGGGCGCGUUUAUAAGCUGAACGAUCAGUGGGAGCGUCCCUACAUGGGCAGCACUCUUCUGUGCAAUUGUCAAGGGGCUUCGGGGGUCAAGUGUAAAACCAAGCCUGCAGCCGAGGAGACGUGCUAUGACAAAUUCAAUGCCCGAUCUUAUCAAGUCGGAGAAACCUACGAGCGACCUAAGGAUGGGAUGAUUUGGGAUUGUACCUGCAUUGGGUCAGGAAAGGGCAAAAUAAGUUGCACAAUCGCAAACCGCUGCCAUGAAGGAGGUAACUCAUACAGAAUUGGGGAUACAUGGAAACGACCCCAUGACAGUGGAGAUUACAUGCUUGAGUGUGUCUGCCUCGGCAAUGGAAAGGGUGAAUGGACUUGUAAACCUGUCGCUGAGCGUUGCUAUGAUGAUACACAGGGAGCUUUAUACACGGUGGGUCAAACAUGGCAGAAAUCAUAUCAGGACUGGAUGAUCAUGGACUGCACGUGUUUGGGAGAGGGUAACGGGCGCAUCACCUGCACCUCCAGAAACCGUUGUAAUGACCAGGACACCAGAACCUCAUAUCGCAUCGGCGAGACCUGGACCAAAUACGACACCAGUGGAAACACCCUGCAGUGUCUCUGCACGGGCAACGGUCGUGGAGAAUUUAAGUGCGAUAGGCAUGCUGCUUCCCACACGGGCCCCAGGGAGCAUCCAGUUGGUGCCUCACUUGAUGUUCGGGUUCGACCGGUGACGGAUCAAGUCAACGUCGUGUCCGCACUGCUUGAGGAGGGCAACUGUAAAACCGAUUCCGGCGUGUGGUAUUUCAACGGAAUGAGCUGGAUCAGGACUCAGGGCAGCAUGGAAAUGCUGUGCACAUGUGUCGGCGGGGGAAUCAGUUGCGAGGAACACGAUGGACAGUCACAGGUUUAUGGAGGGAACUCUGGCGGGCAGCCGUGUGUUUUCCCCUUUGUGUUCGACGGAAAAACUCACUACUCCUGCAUUUCUGAUGGUCGAAGUGAUGGUCAGCUUUGGUGCAGCACCACCUCUGAUUACGACAAUGACCGCAUGUACUCGUUCUGUACCCGGAGGAACCAGUUUGUGACGACUCGUGGAGGAAACUCGAAUGGAGCUCUCUGUCAGUUUCCCUUUAAAUACAAUGGGCGUAACUACACUGACUGCACAUCUGAUGGGCGUCGUGAUAGUAUGAAGUGGUGUGGUACCACAACGGAUUAUGAUACAGAACGACGAUAUGGAUUCUGUCCCAUGGCAGCUCAUGAGGAAAUCUGCACGUAUAAUGACAUCAUGUACCGUGUCGGAGAUGAAUGGGACAAGCGGCAUGACACUCUUGGUCACAUGAUGCGCUGCACCUGCUUGGGAAACGGACGGGGAGAGUGGAACUGUAUUUCACACACUCAGCUCAGAGACCAGUGUGUCGUGAACGAGCAGACGUACGAGGUGAAUGAGACCUUUGAGAAGCGUCACGAUCAGGGCUACAUGAUGAACUGCACAUGCUUCGGUCAGGGGCGCGGGCGCUGGAAGUGUGAUGCCAUUGACCAAUGUCAAGAACCCGAGACCAAGACGUUCUACCAGAUAGGUCAGACGUGGAACAAAGUCAUCCAGGGCAUCCCGCACAGAUGUUCAUGCUAUGGUAACGGCAUUGGAGAGCUGGCCUGCGAACCUCUGGAGUCCACGGCUCCUGUUCGUGUCAUCAUCACCGAAGCUGGAAACCAGCCCAAUUCCCAUCCGAUCCAGUGGAACGCCCCCCCUUCUGCUCAUAUCACUCAAUAUAUUCUGAAGUGGAGAGUUAAAAACUCACGCUUGCCCUGGAAAGAGGCGACCAUUCCCGGGAACAUCAACUCCCACACCAUUUCAGGGCUAAAACCGGGUUUGACGUAUGAAGGUCAACUCAUCAGCAUUCUGCGAUAUGGACCCAGAGAGACCACUCGCUUUGACUUUACAACUACAUACGGCUCUCUGGCCAGAGCAGAAGGCGAGACCACCCAGCCCGCAGCCGAGGUGGACACUUCAGAAUCUGUCACUGAGAUCACCUCUAGCGGAUUCGUGAUCUCAUGGGUGUCUGCGUCCGCCACCGUUUCUGGAUUCAGGGUGGAAUAUGAGCUCUCGGAGGACGGAGCUCAGCCACAGGUGAUCGACCUCCCUAGAACAACCACAUCAGUCAACCUACAAGAUCUUCUGCCUGGUCGUAGAUACAACGUACAAGUGUUUGAAGUCAAUCCUGAUGGAGACACGAAUCUCAUCUUGACGACCACACAGACCACCGCCCCCGAUGCGCCAACCAAUCACGAGGUCACAGAUGUUCGAGAGACGUCCAUGGUGAUCAGAUGGUCCAAGCCUAAGGCUCCAAUCACUAGUUACCGUGUGGUUUACACGCCAUCCAUUGAGGGCAGCAGCACUGAGCUCAUCCUGCCCGAGACUGAGACAUCGGUGACGUUGGGUGACCUUCGACCUGGCUUGCAGUACAACGUCAGUAUUUACUCAGUGAAAGACAACAUGGAGAGCAAACCUUUAGACAUUCAGAUCAGCACUGCUGGAAAACAACGGCCUGAGGAGGUCCAAGCCCCCACUGACCUGCAGUUCACUGAAGUUACCGAUACCAAGAUCACCAUCACAUGGACCGGUCCUCCCUCAGAGGUUACAGGAUACCGCGUGACCUUUGCUCCCGUCAGCACCGACGGCCAAACCCAUAGACCGAUUAACUAUCCCAUCACAAGUAACGCUUACGCCGAGCUCACACACCUGCAGCCGGGAACACUUUAUCGUUUCCAUAUCUAUGCCAUCAGUGGAGCGGGGGAGAGUAAACCGCUGGUUGGGGAGAAAUCUACCAAACCCGAAGCCCCUACCGACCUGCGCUUUACAGACAUCACAGAGGACAGCGCUUUAGUCAUCUGGUCCGUCCCCAGAUCACAGAUCACUGGCUAUCGUCUCUUUGUCAGCAUGGGAAGUUCAAGACCUGAACAGUUCAGGAUCCCGGGUGGCCAGUCUCAGUAUACCCUCAGCAAACUUCAGCCCGACACAGAGUACAUGGUCACCCUGUAUUCAGAGCAAGGCAGCACCCUCAGUGAAGGAGUCACUGAAGUCUUCAGAACAUCUCAACCGAUGGGUAAUGCACCUCGAUUCACCACUGAAGUCACAGACACAGCCAUCAUUAUUUCAUGGACCCCUGUACGACGAUUCAGCUACAGGUUGACCGUCAGGCCUUCACUUGGUGGUCAAUCUCCUAGGGAUGAAACCUCUGACACGGGCAGUCUGAUGGUUUCCGGUCUGACUCCAGGAGUGGAGUACACUUACAGCAUGCAGCCCUUGUUCAAUGGUCGAAGACAUGGCAACCCAAUCACAAAUAAAGUUGUGACCUCUCUGUCUCCACCGACUGACCUGAAUGUAGUGUCAAACCCGGCCACCGGUGAACUCAAUGUGAGAUGGACCCCCACCAAAACUCCUGACAUCACUGGUUACAGAAUUUCAUGCACACCAACCAAUGGGCAGCGGGGUAACUCCCUGGAGGAGUUUGUUUCCAAGGAAGAAACCUCUGGUACCUUUGAGAGCCUGAGUCCAGGCAUUGAGUACAACGUCAGUGUCUACACUCUUAAAAACCACCUGGAGAGCGAACCCAUCUCAACCACUGUAACCCAAGAUGUACCUGUGGUGGGCGAUCUCAGCUUUGUCGAUUUCACGGACACCACGAUCGGAAUUAGAUGGACUCCGCUAAAUUACACAGCCGUUACCGGAUACCACAUUACAGUAGUUCCGAGUGGGCAGAGUUCCCCGAUUCUGGAAGACGUGGUGAACUCCUCCACCAGCUAUUAUACUGUUCGCGGACUGGAGCCUGGCAUCGAUUAUGACAUCAGUGUGACCGCCAUCACGGAUGAUGCGGAGAGCAAGCCAUCAGUCAUCACGCAGCAAACUCAGUCUGGUGUACCAGUCCCUACAGACCUGAUUUUUUCAGAGGUGGGUUCGGAUACCAUGCGGGUGUCAUGGACCGCACCAUCCGUCCAGCCCACCGAAAUCAGUCGCUUUGUAAUUCGUUACCAUCCAACCAACAACGAUGAUGACUUACAAGAAGUCAAUGUGGGAGGAAGCAUGACCAGUUUUGUCCUGCAGAGCUUGCUGCCGAACACUGAAUAUAUGGUGAGCGUGGUGUGUGUAUAUGGAGACAGGGAAAGCCAACCUGUUACUGGUGUCCAAAAAACAAAACUGGACUCCCCCACAAAUCUGGAAUUCUCUGAUGUCUCUACUAACUCAUUUACCAUACACUGGAUGGCCCCACGUGCCGUCAUUUCCGGCUACCGUCUGCGCUAUCAGCCGACCGCUGGAGGUCGCGCUAAGGAUGAACGACUUCCACCAACCAGAAAUUACUUCUCAUUGGUUAAUUUGGCUCCAGAGACAGAGUACACCAUCUACGUUUAUGCUGUUAGCGGGAAUAAGGAGAGCCUUCCACUUACAGGAACAAAAGCCACUGUCUCUGAUGCCCCCACUGACCUGACUGUCACAUCAACUACACAAACAAGCAUCACCAUCUCCUGGGACGCUCCUGCGGUCACUGUACGCUACUACAAGAUCACACAUGGUGAAACAGGUGAAAGAGAUGCGCCAAGAGAAUUCACUGUUCCUGGAACUGAGUCCAGCGCCACCAUCCCGGGUCUGCGGCCGGACACGGAGUACACCAUCACACUGUAUGCUGUGACUGGCAGAGGAGACAGUCCCGCCUCCAGCACACCGGUCAUCAUCACCCACCGGACCUCAGGUGACAAUGUAGUGUCCUCAGGAGAUUUGGAUGUUUCUAAUAUUCCGGAUAGCGAAAUGAUCGUCCGUUGGAGCCCAGCGAAAGGUCCCAUCACAGGUUACAGAGUACAGGGAAAGCCCAAGCAUGGGAUAGGUCCAACAUUCAAUGAGCUGGUGGGACCUGAUCGCACUGAAACGACCAUACGUGGCCUAGUGCCCACAGUGGAGUAUGUGAUUAGUGUUGUUGCUAUUGGUCGAGGGGGUGAGACCACACCUGUAGUCCAAAAAUCUACAGCAGCAACUUCGGAACAGCCAAAUGAUCUGAGCUUCUCUCAUGUGGACACCAGCUCCAUGCUUGUGACAUGGGAUGCUCCACGGACACCCGUGACCUCUUACAGGGUUCUGUACUCUAGUCCAGAAGAGGGAGAGAGAGAGUACCAACCAGCUGUACGUAGACAAGAUACCAGCGUGGCUCUCCAGGGAUUACGACCAGGAACCGAAUACACCGUUAAAGUCAUUCCAAUGAAAGGGGGAGUCCCGAUGAAGACCCUUGAAGGCACUAAAUACACUACCCGUGUGGACUCUCAUCCCACUGCAACUUCGGAACAGCCAAAUCUGAGCUUCUCUCAUGUGGACACCAGCUCCAUGCUUGUGACAUGGGAUGCUCCACGAACACCCGUGACCUCUUACAGGGUUCUGUACUCUAGUCCAGAAGAGGGAGAGAGAGAGUACCAACCAGCUGUACGUGGACAAGAUACCAGCGUGGCUCUCCAGGGAUUACGACCAGGAACCGAAUACACCGUUAAAGUCAUUCCAAUGAAAGGGGGAGUCCCGAUGAAGACCCUUGAAGGCACUAAAUACACUACCCGUGUGGACUCUCAUCCCACUGCUGUUCCUGCCCCAACUGACAUUCAGUUCUCUGACAUUGGUUCUUCCUCCUUUAUUGUGGCAUGGCGGGCACCCAAUGCAAGGCUUAGUGGAUACCGUGUGGUGGUCACCCCAAAGAAUCAGUAUACCUUACCCAAAGAAAUGAAUGUUUCACCAGACUCUGCACAAGUUUUAGUGCCCGGUCUCAUGGUGGCCACUCCCUAUGAUGUUCACAUCUACGCAUUGAAGGGUUUACAAAGCAGUUCUCCUUUAACUGGGGAGUGUACGACUGCUGACGAUAUAACCCCACCUCGCCGUGUCCGUAUCAGUGAUAAUACAGAUACCUCCUUCACUCUCACAUGGCGUGUUGGCACCGAGCCAAUGACGGGUUUUCUAAUUGAAGCCAUACCCAAAACCAGCGGUUACCCGACUAUCAGGAAAACUAUACCUGCUGAUCACCGUACCUAUGUGGUCACUGGAUUGCAACCAGGCAUCAUUUAUAUGGUCAACAUGUACACAUUAAAUGGAAAUAGUCGAAGCCCACCUUUCACUUUAUCUGUAACCAUGGCUCGGGCAACUGUUCAGUCUCCAACCAACCUCCAGUUUACCUCUCUGACUCCCAACUCCAUCUCCUUUACUUGGCAAGCCCCAUCCACACCCAUCACAGGAUAUUACAUCACUUAUGAGGAACAGGGCGGUUCCCCUCGUGAGCUCACGGCACCACCCCGCGUUGGACAGAACUAUGCUACCAUUACCGGUCUGAGACCAGGCACUGAAUACAUCAUAAAGAUCAUUGCUCUACAGAAUGCCCAUAGAAGUGCACCGCUGAUCGGCACAGCCAGUACUCAGCUGGCGUCCGGUCUGCCUGUUCCGCCUUACCGUGGCCGCCCAGACUUGUUGGAUGUGCCUGAAAGUGAGAACCAUGUUCAUGUGGUGGGUCCCACUGGGUCGGAUGAGCGCGGGCAGCAUGUGGAGUACACCGAAUACAAUAAUCAACCCAACGGAGGCUACACGCCUAACAACCCUCAAACAGGCUCUUGGCCUAACCAACCCAGAUAUCAGCCUUACGUUCCUCAAGUGGGGGAGACUCUUGUCUAUAUCCCUAAGGCGGGACCCGACGGGGGUCGUGUGCCGCAGGUUGUUAAGGUGAGUGAGAAACCUGGAGAUGCCAAUCCUUUUGGUUUUCCAGAAGACACAACAGGAAGACUACAGGAGGCCCAGACCCAGACCACCAUCUCAUGGAAACCCUACCAGCAAAGCUCCGGCUACCUGGUGUCUUGCCAGCCCAUUACCCAUCAGGAUGAGAAGAUGUUUCAGAUGCGUCUCCCUGGAUCGACCACAAGCGCUACGCUGAUCGGUCUUACCUCUGGUGCCUCUUAUAAUGUCAUUGUAGAGGCCCUUAAAGGAGCCCUUAAACAGAAAAUCUUGGAGGAAGUCAUCACUGCUGGAAACACAGCUCCAGGAGUUGGUUCAUCCAAUAAGGACUCAUGUUAUGACACCUUUACAUCCACUUACCAUGACGUCGGAGCGGAAUGGGAGCGUAUGUCCGAGACCGGCUUCAAACUAUGGUGUAGAUGUCUCGGCCUUGGCAGCGGACAUUUUAGAUGCGAUUCUUCCAAAUGGUGUCACGAUGGUGGAAACAACUACCGCAUCGGUGAAAAGUGGGAACGGCGUGCAGAAAACGGUCACUUGUUGAGCUGUACUUGUCUGGGCAAUGGCAAAGGAGAGUUCAAGUGUGAACCUCAUGAGUCCACAUGUUACGAUGAUGGAAAGACGUACCAGGUCGGAAACCAAUGGCAGAAGGAAUACUUGGGGGCCAUCUGCACAUGCACAUGCCAUGGAGGACAGCAGGGUUGGCGUUGCGAGAACUGCAUGAGACCGGGUGCGGAGGUCAGUGCUGAUCGGCUCAAACCUGUCCGCUUGAACACGGGCUACAAUGUGAACAUUCAAUGCCCAAUUGAAUGUCUCAGACCGGCCCUUCUCGCCGAUGCUGUGGCCAGUCCCAAUCACAAGACUAUUCCCAGAGAGUAAACUGCACCAUGACCUCAUAGCACCGCCUUAAAGCCUACAUGUUUGUUACCACACCUCCACCGCUGGUCAGCUGCUGCUUCACAGCCAAUCACUGCACCCAUAGCAACGGCUGUGUUCAUUCAUGGUUUUUGUUUGGUCAUGUGAUUUAAUUAUCAAUUUUGUUUUUUUCCAUUCCAGUAAAUAUUAACUAUUAAAACACAAUUUAGGUAAAUUUGGAAUUGAUUUACAUUUUUGAUGAGGCAGCAUCCUUUUUGAAACUGAAAUUGAACCACCAUACUAUUAUUACCUUGAAGUUGAUCAGAUGUUUAAAUUCACAGACACGCAUUAAAACUUAAGCACUGUUUUAUAAGAUUGUCAGGUCAAGUUUCCCUUUAUAAAGAUUUUGUUCUCACGGCUCACGCUUAUUUAGAGUCCGCACUGUUUUUCGAUUAAAAGUGAUUUUAUUUUUUUGUCUUUUUUGAGUGUUUAUACACUUCAUUCAGUGUUUGGUUUGUAUAGUGUUAUGUCUACUGUCCAUUCCAGUUUUCACUACUGUUAAAUUACGAAUGUUCGUAUUUAUAUGAUUCACUCAAAUUCUUCUGUAAGUUCCAAAGUAAGCAAGCGUUGUCAAAAACGUCAACAAAUGCCAAUAAAUUGUGACAAAACCUU